CACUAUUCUUGCUCGCCCAGCGCUCACCUCGGACCAGUUGGUGCCUCUUACCUUCCGACUUCUCCGUAACGGCAGGAAGUCCGCGCGUGUUUCUUACGACUGGGUCCGGAAUCCAGCACAAUGGCUACGGCGGCUCUAGCAGAUUAUGCAAUUUUAGGCAUGAAAGUCCAUAAAUUAGACAUCCAAGAUCAGUGUUGCCAUCACAGCUUCUUCAACAGCUUCUUCAAUAGUUACAAUACCGACCGAUUUUACCCUCAUUUGAUCGGCAUUUACCACUGCGAUUGGAUCAAAUUCGAUUUGAGUUAUCUUGACAAUGGCUGCUGCUAACUCGUCGCUCCGCGCAGCUCGUCAGCUGCUGCCUCUCUCCCUCCUCGUGCUCCUCGCCGUCACCAGCGCAAGCGCAGCUCGGCCCGCAGCAGCCAGCGUCACCGCCGAUACCCUCGGCUCCGCUGCUGGAACUGGUACCCUGGAAUCUCCUCACAGGGUGGAGCGGAAACUUUUCAGCUGGGACGGGGUGACCGCGGAUCAGAUUAUUUCCGGCAGCCUGGGAAUUAUCGGCGGAAUUGAGGAUGAUGGUGAGGUGACAACGAAAGUGGUGGAGAUUUUCAUGAACGCGGGUUACAACGUGAUGGUCAUCAAGAGCAGCCACACGGUGGCGGGCGAGCCAUUCUACACCACGGUUGAGGUGGAGCACUUCUGGAGUAACUCGCAUUUUACGGUGUAUUUCAAGCAGGGACCCUUUGAGGUUGCGAAUACCGGAGAUGGCGGGUUUCAGAACUGGGCGUUCGGAGGGAACUGGCAGAGGGUUGGGGCUGAUGAUGAGGUGGUGCUUUUCCAGUGAUGACUGGAUGCGUUACAAGUUACAAAACACGGGGGCGGGGAGGGGACUAAGGUGGUCAUUCCACGUGGAUUGCCCUUAUGGGCGUUGUUGGGAGGAUGAUGCCAAGGGCAUGGGGGUUCUUGUCUUGAUACUGUACAGAUAGAGGCAGGGACGUGGUUAAAGCUGGGAUGGGAUAUGCGUGUAUCUUGUCUUUUGUGUAUGUAGAUUGUUGCUCUCUCUCAGGCUCUCAGAAACAACUGAAAUGAAAAUGCAUCUGGCGA